AUCUAAGAUAGAAUAUAAUUACGACCUAAUAUUACUCUUUACAUAUUGUUACACUGUUUUGAUAAAAUGGAGCAAUAACAUCAACAACAAUAAAUAAGUAAAGCCAUAUUAUUAAAACAUUUAAAAUAUAAAAGUGAUACUUAAGGCAACAGUUGGAUUGUUUUUGCAAACAAAAGAUUUUUGUUUUUUUUUAUAUUGGCCCUGCUGUCCUUACAGCAAGAGGGAAGGACAGCAGGGGAGGGGCGAGGAGGUAUGGUCAGGCCUCAAUGUCACAGUAGGCCUUUGCUACAGUCAUGGCGGUGAGCACUGGAGAGCAGCAGCAUGUGGAGCAAGUUUAAAGAGAGAAAACAGGUUUGAUAGUAACAAUGAAAACAUCUAUAAGGAGAAGAAGAGUUCAACCUCAACAUGACGCAGAAUACUAUAUUAAGCUGGAAAUUGACAAGACUGGUCUAACAGAACAGUUCAUCAACCCAUGCAAAGGUCGUGGUGUAAUUGCCACACAGCUUUUCAAACAGGGAGAUUUUAUCCUUGAAUACCGUGGAAAGCUUUCUAAAGUGGAUCCUUACCUUCAAAGAGAUAAAUUCAAUGAUACAGUGGAAGUUUUUUUGUUUGAUUUCAAAUGGAAAGGGACCUGCUGGUGCAUUGAUGCUUCUAUUGAAGACAAGUCACUGGGACGACUAGUGAACGAUGACCACCGAAGGCCUAACUGUAAGAUGAAAACAGUUGAAGUUGAAGGGAUACCACAUCUUUGCCUGUUUGCCCUCCGAGACAUUGAACCAGGAGAAGAAAUAACUUAUAACUACGGAAAAGCUGAUUGGCCUUGGCGCAAGAUGGACAAAUCUUCUACCCCUGAAGUCAGCAAUCAAACUGGCAAUGAUGAACACCGCCAUCAGGACAAAUCCACCCCUGAAGUGAGCAACCAAACUGGCAAUGAUGAACACUGCGCUCAGGACAAGUCUUCUACCCCUGAAGUCAGCAACCAAACCGGCAAUGAUGAACACCGCCAUCAGGUAAGUUUCAUCUGCACAAGUCCUUCAGUCUGUCUAAGAUUUAAAAAUACUGGACAUAUACCAAUCCAAAUCAGGACCUAG